AAAUAUUUUAAAAUUUUAAUAAAUUCAAUCAAUAAUUUAAGAACUAAACAAAUUAUUUCAAAACUAAAUAAAUAAUUUGAUGAUAGUUAAUAUACAAAGUGUAAUAAACCCUUUUAUAUUUGUUGAGCCAAACAGUCAUUCUACUACCUAUCAACCUGCCAUACACUUUAUUUCUUGAAAAUUGUUGAACUAUCUAUCAACCUGCCAUACACAUGCUUCUCAUUUAAUGUUUAGGAUUGACAAUUCAAUUUUUUAUUAUUUAUUUGCUUCAUUUGCUUCUCUGAGUGGACAAAAAUUCAAAGAAUACGUACAAAUUUAUUUUAUUAUUAUUAAUGGCCAUUGCAGAUCCAAAAGACACUUUGAGUUUCUAUAUUUUUUUUUCUUUACAAUUGUCUUGGACACUGCUACAAUCACUCUCUCUAGGAACUUGGUUAUUUUCUCUCCCAUCAACACCAACGCCAACACCAACUCUAUAUGAUGGAGGCGAAGCAAAGCAACAAACGCAGAAGAAGAGCACCAAAAAUAUGCUCAAGAGCUGGCAAACGAAUGCAAAAGAAGUGCACCAAAAAAAACUCAAGAGUUUGCAUAUUCAUAUAUUCCUAUCUGCAGAGCAUAUAUUCAUCUGUAACAAAGAUUUUUCAUGGAUCCCCAUAGUCAAAACAUGGACUCUGAAGAUGAAGUUGAAGAACCAAGUGCAACUCCACUUUGGAAAUAUGUUACAAAAGUUCCUGGUGAAGCAUCUAGUGCCAAACCUGGAGGAGGUGGAUCAAUGAAAUUCAUUUGCAAUUUUGGUUGCAAAACAGAGGCAUAUACUGGUUCUUAUUCACGAGUUCGACAACACUUAAUUGGAAAAUUACCAGGCCAAAGAUAUCAAGGGAUAGGAGUAUGUCCAAAGCUGAGCCAGGCUGAGAAGGAAUUACUAAAGGAAGAGGAGUUGGCUACACAAAGAAUUUUUGGUGGAAAUUGUAAGUCUAGAAAAAUUCCCAUGCCUUCAAAGACACAGCAACCAUCUCAGACCACUGGAAAAUCUUCAGUUGACAAAAUGUUUCAAAUAGCUAGUAGAGAAGAAGUUGAUCAGAAGAUUGCAAGAUGCAUUUACGGCAAUGGCAUUGCUUUCAAUGUUGUGAGGUCACCAUUAUGGGCAGAUAUGGUCUCUUCUAUUCUCAAUGCACCAAAAGGGUACAAAUCCCCCAACUAUGAGAAAGUUAGGACUGCUCUUUUGGACAAAGAACAUAAGAAGGUGCAACAAUCUCUCACUCCCUUGAUGCAGGAUUGGAGCACUCAUGGGGUCUCUAUUAUUUCUGAUGGUUGGUCUAAUUUAAUAAACCAACCUCUUAUUAACAUCAUGGCUAUCUCUGGAGGUAAAGCUAUUUUUAUAAAUGGGCAUGAUGUUUCUUCCAUAGAAAAGACUGGGGCUAAUAUUGCUGAGUUGCUCUUGAAGGCCAUUGAUUAUGUUGGCCCUUCUAAUGUGGUCCAAGUUGUGACAGAUAAUGCUUCCAAUUGCAAGGUUGCAGGUACAAUAAUUCAGCGGAAGCAUGCCCAUAUUUUUUGGUCUGGUUGUAUGGCUCAUACGUUAAAUCUGUUGAUGAAGGAUAUAGCUAAAAGUGAGGAUUCAUUGCUGUCCUUUGUUGACGAGUCUUACAAAAAAGGCAAGGCAAUUGUUAAAUACAUCAAAAAUCACUCCUCUUGUCGGUACUUGUUCAAGACCUUUUCAGCAUUGGAGCUUCUCAAAGCAAAAAAAACCAGGUUUGGCCAUAAUUUUAUUGUAUUGCAAAGACUUGUUAAAGUGAGACCAUCAUUAAUGUCUAUGGCUCUAAGCAAGCAAUAG